AUGGUCCAGGAAACCCCUGAUCCGGGGGCCGGGGUUUUCUUCUCACAGAUAAAGAAGAGAUUGGAAACUGGGAAACCCCGUUGUAGGCAGGACCGCAGUACACUGGGUGCUCCGCAGUACGGUGGUGGAGGAGUAGGUGUACAGAAACAACCCCAGCGUACGCCAAGUGCAGUACAGUCUACCUCAUGUAGAACAGAGUACACAACAAUAUGGGAUACAGAAUACACAGAAACUGAAGAACAACAAUGUAAUACUAUUUAUGUCAACGCCUGUGAAACAUUGUACAAGAAAAACUGUGUUGCAGUACCAAGACAAGAAUGUGUAACUGUACAGGAACCUCAAUGCAGUACAGUGUACAACAAUGUAUGUACACAAGAGUAUAGAACAGAAUAUGAAGCAUACACUGAAACAGAAUGUAAUACAGAAUAUAAAGAAGACUGUGAAUAUCAAUGGGAAGGAGAAGGUUAUGCUAAAGUCUGGGCUCCUAUACCUGGAACCUGUAAAUCUAAUCCUUAUGAUAAUUGUCAGGAGGUUCCCAGACAGAAGGAGAGACAGGUUCCCUAUCCAGUAUGUAACCAGGUUCCAGAACAAAAGUGUAUUAAGGUUCCCAAACAGCAAUGUAGAACCAUUUCUGAACAGCAGUGCAGUAAUGAACCUUAUCAAGAAUGUAAACAAGUUCCUAAACAGGACUGUAAUACAGUACAUAAGAAGGUUCCUAACAGGAUUAGUAAACAGGUUCCUAAGAAGGUUUGUGAUGAUGGUUCAGGUUCAGGGUAUGGGUCAGAUGUUGAAACUAUUGCUGUAAGGUCAGGAGCUGAUGAUGCUAUCAAGUUUUCAGAAUUUGAGUAA